ACAGGAACUUUUUAUUCCUAACCUCUAAACAAAACAAGGUGUUUAGUUUUGGGUAUUUGUGAAAUAAAAUAUUUAAUAAUGCAAGGGUCUAGCGAAGGGCAGUUACAAAUUAGAUUAAUAACCAAACAGGAUAUAUAUGCAGUCCCAGACUUGCCCCUUUCGGUGCCUCAAGCAAUAAACGCGAACUCAUUAAAUGAAUUAUUAAAUCAACUGCUUAAAGAAAGCAAUUCCGAUUUUCUGAAGCCAAAAGAUUUCGACUUUUUGGCUAUUGGAGAACUUAUAAGACAGCCCCUUAUUGAUCAUUUGCAAGAAAGGAAUGUAUCUACAGAGACCACUGUUGAUGUUGAAUAUUUGGAACGUACACCUGCUCCUGAACCUAAAGAUUCAUUGUUACAUGAUGAUUGGGUUUGUGGGAUUGAAACAUCAGACAAAUGGAUACUUACUGGAUGCUAUGACAAUUCUGUAAAUAUAUGGUCAACACAUGGAAAAAUAAUUACCUCUUUGAAAGAACAUAGAAAUGUAGUGAAGGCAGUUAGCUGGAUAGACAAGACAGAUCCUAGUAAAGGAUUCAUCAGUGUAUCACAUGAUUUAACGGGACUGAUGUGGUCUUUUGAACCUGGUACUGAUAAUGUAGUACCCCAAGCAGUGCUAAGGGGCCACGAAAGAGGUAUAGACAGUGUUGGAGUUAGUCCAAAUUCGUCAAGAAUAGCGACAGGUGGAUGGGAUACAAACUUAAAAUUAUGGUCAACUUCCAUUGAAGAAGAACGAAGUGAACCUUUGCAAAAAAGGAGUAAAUCUAGUAAUAAUUUAGUCACUAAAACUCCUCUUAACACAUUGAAAGGCCACAAGGAAACAAUUUCGGCGGUGAAUUGGAUUGACAAUUACGUAGUUUCCACUGUCUCUAUGGACCAUACUAUUAAAUUCUGGGAUGCAGAAUUGUGUGGAAUCAAAAACGAAAUAGUCGGUCAGAAAGCAUACCUCAGUUCAUCAUGGUCACCAUUAUCCAACACACUUUUGGCAUCCUCAGCAGAUCGACACAUCCGUUUGUAUGACCCCCGAUCGACAGAGGGAUCACUGUGUAAAACCACUUUUACCUCUCAUACAUUAUGGGUUAGUUCAGUGAUAUGGUCAAACUAUGACCAGCAUUUGCUUUUAUCUGGUGGAUAUGAUUCUGCUGUAAAAAUGUGGGACACACGGAGUCCCAAGGCACCACUUUACAAUCUUCAAGGUCACCAGGGUCAGGUAUUAAAGGUGGAUUGGUCCAACAGGAAGUAUAUGGUAUCUGGUGGUAGUGAUAAUAGUGUACACAUUUUUAAGAAUAAACAUGUUUAAUAAAAGUUA